AUAACUCCAGAAAAAGAGUUUUGAGUUUCAAUGGUUUCCAUUUGACUCUAUGCAAAGAGCCCGUGGUGCUCAUCACGUCGCCAAGAAGCAACAGCAGCCACCGCCUCAGUGUGCGGUCACUCUGGGUGUUGAAGGCCAAAGUUGCUUCAACUCGGCCAAACAACCAGAGGAGCAGAAUGCUUUACGGAUGAACAGAGCAAAUGAUACCGGAGAUAGAUUCAAUCCUUCUGAAGCAAAGAGGAGAAAGUUACUCGAGGUGUAUCCAGAAGCUUCUACAAACCAAGAACCACUGCUCUUCAGAACCUCCAUUGUUCCCUGGUGGGCAUGGCUCAAGAGAUCUGAUCUCCCAGAAGCAGAGCUGCUCAAUGGAUUGUUGGUGACAGUGAUUAGUGUGGUAGUCCUGAGGAGAACCCAAGAUGUUCAAAGCCUGAAAAAAAUUGCUGAUGAGGAGGCUACUCUUUACGACAGGCAAUGGAAAUUCUCCUGGGAAGAUCAGAAUGAGAAGCUUUGAUUGAUCUUCACAUAAAUUUGGAAACAAAUUUUAGAUGUCUACUUUUUACUAUUAUUUUUUGUUAAUUAUUUGUGAAGUACGAGUAAUAAGAACCCUUUAUCUUU